AGGAUUUACAAGGCGGUUCAACAGUCAAGCCGGGAAGAAUCACUUUCGUUUCUCAUGUUGGGGCUUGGCUUGGCUUGCUUCCGAAAGGACAGAGAACAAAGAGCAAAUCCUUUGCUUUCCUGAGAAGGUAGCAGCGGUUGGCAGCAAGAAACUUCAUCUCGCCGGCGUUCUCAUACCGGCUUUGGAAAAAUCAAAUAAUACACAAGGCGGAGCGUGAAGAAGCUGAACAUGGAUUAUUGGAAAGAGGCCUUUCGGGAGCAGAUGUGUGCGGCAAAACCAAGAGACGCCUGGAGUCUAAAGCAGGACAAACACCUCGAUCCUAACCCGGAAUCUGGGUGGAAGAAGGCGGUGCAGGAACACGCCCAUGCAAGUUUUGUGUGUUCACAAUGCUACCACACGUGGUCCUCACAUCAAGUCGUGAUCCUGUUCCACAUGUACUGGGAGCAAUCUGUGCGACGAGGUUGGGUCCGGUGGAGGACUUUUCGGCAAGAAUGCCACAAAUGCUCCUCGACUCAGAAGGAGAAGCCGCGGUUCGCCAGGGAGGAUACUGACAGCAUCAUAAAACGCCUGAUCCUUGACAUCCGUGAGAAAUGCUACCGAGAACGAGUCCGUCGCAGUGACCUCUCUGAGGUGAUGAUAUGUGAGGGAAGUGGGCCGCACCAAAGUGAAUCUUGUGAAGCUUGUCAAAUGGGACUACACAAAGGCCAUCGUGGGAGGCCUGAUGGAGCACGGCAUGAUGGGAUGCCUGAUGGUACAUUACAUCAUGGGAAACCUGGUGGUGCAAUGUAUUAUGGGACGCUCCAAAGCCCAAGGUAUUCCUGGACCCCAAACUUGGAGAGUUACGAAGGCUCAGCCGUCCACACUUCCUCAAGGAGAAGUCUGAUUCAACCGUCAAGGCAGUUUUCUCCUCCCACCGUUUCUCGUCCUUGCUGCGUGUGCUGCUUUGUUAUUGCUAUGGCUGCUGUUGUUUUUGUAUUAGUUGCUUAUUGGAAUGACUGGUUCAGGGGAUGACAUUACAAGAGGAUAAGGGGGUGCAAAUUUCGGCCCUGGUGUAGCAUCGGUCGUGCAAAGCGGAGGUCUUACAAUGCCAAGUUUACACCAUUCACCGCCAGUCAUUCCAGACCCACCCGCAUAUCAAGCUGAGCGACCUUUGUUUGCUUGCCCUUCUGCGAAUGGGUGCAGGAGUAGCUUUGCCGGCAGGCACAUCAGAUAUUCCAAAUCAAACUAGAAAACUAUCUGUAUAUCAAUCUGUACCAUUGUACGGCAAGGAGAUAAUGAAUUUUUGCAGAAUCCUGUGAAAGCCUUUAUUUGCCUCUUUCGCUCUAUCUCAGGGGUGGUCAAACUGUGGCUCAGAAGCCACAUGGGGCUCUUCUAGACAUAUUGUGGGGCUCCCGGUGGUCUCUGAGUAUCGCCAUGGCCAUACAUUUUAUUUUAGUUUAGUUUAUUUCCCUCCCUCCCUUCCCUCCCUUCCCUCCUUUCUUUCCAUUUUUUCCUUCCAUGUCUUUCCCUCCCUUUUCCUUUUUUCCUUCCUUCCUUCCUUCUUUCCACGUUUUUCAUAUUUUCAAUAAAAAUGCCGGGUCUGACUCAGAAAGUACCUGGGGACUUUGGGGGUGAAGCCUAGCAAGGCUGUGAGAUCACUUUUGUGAUUUCGCUUCCAAGUCAAAAGUCAGGUGAUGGCUCUUCCCAAGCUCCACCCCUUCUGAUGGUGUCACUUCCAGCAUACUGCACCAAAACCCCACCCCUUCCUGUGAUGUCACUUUCAGGACACUCCCCCAAACCCGCCUCUUCAUCUGAAGUCACUUCAAUGCAUCAUGUCUUGCAGCUCUCAAAACAUCUGGCAUUUAUUCUAUGUGGCUCUUACAUUAAGCAAGUUUGGCCACCUCUGCUCUAUCUGUUUCCCACCUGAUUAUUGCACAGUCAGAUAGAACAUUGAAGACAGUACACAGCCUAUCACUGGGAAAGCAUCCCAAGGACGGGGGCUUGUUCUUGCAUGUGGUUCAGCCACAGUAAUCGGUACAAAGCUAGCCAAGCCUCAAGGUCUUUAGCUCUUCCUUGCAUUGUCAGUCAGCUGCUGGCAACCAGCAGGAGUCCAGGGUGCGGUGGGGACAUGGAGGGGAAGGCACUGUCGGGCAAUAGCAAUAUGUCACUUCUGGGAAAAAAACAGGAAAUGACAUCAUGCCAGAACUGAUAUCUAGGAAUCACUGGAAACUCUAUGGCAAAACAGAAAGGAAUCCGGUGAUUCUUAGAGCGACAUCACUUCUGGGUUUUCCCUGGAAGAUAAAACCCUCCCUGGGUGGCAUGAUUUUAUUAUUUUCCCCUUCUACCAGCCUCUGGAGCGCCAGUGGGCAAUGGGGUCAGGGAUUUGGGUGGACGUUAAAAGACCAAGAACAUUCAAUCAAUUGAAGAAAUUAAGGGCAGAUACCAUAUGCAUUCUAGAACUGGGUGACCUCUUGAAACCUCUUCAGAAGAGGUCUAGAGUAAGCCUAUUUGUUGUUUGAUCUUGCAUUUUCGCUGAACAACCAUCCUGCUGAUAACCUUGUUAAACCUUAAUAAACACUGUUUAUUAAUAAACAUCUUGUUAAACCUUA